CCGACUCGUAACUUCAUAAAACGAGUGAUAGCGUUCAGGCCAUCCUCUGAUUUAUCUUUUCUCCACCUCUCUCUCCUCCCUCCAAGACAGUCUCUUUACUAUGAUAGCUAAUUGCCUUCUGCUGCCAACCAACACGGAAUGAUUUCCCAGAAAAUUAUGCAGCAGUCGCUGCGACGAUCGCAUUGCAUAUUUAGUCGGGCUCUGUUAAACUACAUAGUUCCAAUCAAUUUUACUAGGAGCGCAUAUAUUCAGACGAGAGAAACCGCAUCGUCUACUAAAGCCUCAGAAGAUCCCAAUGAUCUCCUUCGCAAACAGCGUCUCAACCGCCCGAUAUCGCCCAACCUAACCAUCUACCGACCUCAGGUUACUUCCGUUCUCUCCAUCCUCCAUCGUAACACUGGGCUACUUGUGUCUGGAGGCUUCUAUCUCUUCUUUGCUGUAUAUCUUGCCUCUCCCUGGCUCGGUUGGCACAUUGACUCUGCGUCUAUGGCAGCGUCUUUCGGAGCUCUCCCCGUCGCUGCCAAGGUGCUUUUGAGGACGACUGUUGCUCUUCCAUUUACCUUCCACUCCUUCAACGGCGUGAGACACUUGGUAUGGGAUUUGAGUUGCGGAUUAAGCAAUAAACAGGUCAUAAGGUCUGGCUGGGCUGUGGUCGGAUUGAGUAUAUCAAGUGCCCUCCUCCUUGGAUUUCUGUGACCCUCACUCCUUCGGCAUGGAGUUUUCAAAUUUCAUUUACUUGUAUUUACUUAUCUCAGCUGAUAAUAGGCUCUAAUUUAUAUGAAUCAAACGCUGGCAUAUUAUUCGUGCGUUUUAAAAUAGGCCGUAGUCCUGUUCGUCUCCUUAAUUUUCUCCAGAUCUGGGUGGCGAUGAAUAACCUAGACAGUACACCAACAAUUGGACCAGAAAUCCUACCCUGUGCCAUUUUGGAGAACCAAUUCUCUACGAUGGAAGAUCUGCAGUCUGGAGUUCGUGCCAUGGAACAAGACCGCCGGUUUUAAUUACUCCAGUCGAAUAGCAGUUUUCAGCUCGCCAAUCAACUUCUGAGGACAAGUUGGACUUUUCGCUAUUCCAAGUUUUGGGCGGAAAGAUUCCCAACAGACAAGUUUCGUCUUGCCAAUGUUUUCUCUCUUUAUUAUGGGUAUCAACCGACCGUGGCCUCAACUCACGGCGGAGAGAAAAUAAUCCAAUUCGAAUGGCUUCGUUUCUGAAACUUGAACUUGUUGGCGCAUUCCAGGCGAUAUUUCAAGGAAGCGCCACACAAACAAGAGAAUACCAUGAAUCCUUCCUGUGAAUCUCUCUCUGUUGCAUAUCAACUUGAAAAGUUGGUAUAACUCAGGAGUCUGAUGAAUACUGGUCAAGCCCAUGUAAAAUCUGGGCAAAAGAAAAGGCUGAGCUGAUUUCAUGGCCAGUUAUGCCUUAUGUCCACAGGUGGAGUCAAGCCACCUUCAAAUGACUGACGGGAUUUCGCCCAGGAAAUAGUUCUAAGGCCUGACUUGACUCAGUUCAAGCGUUUUUUGUAUGCGCCCGCCUUUGGCUGACUCAAGCCAAUUUCUGAGAGCCAUGAACAUGACGCUAUAUUACUCCGACACUCCGGCUCCUCCUAUACACAAAUUGCAGGCCCUAUUCCUGUCAGAUCUCAAGGCACACACAAGCAUUGUCGUACCCCAAAAUCACUAUCUGCUCUGAUUGUGCCCAGAAACUGGGUCGAAGGGAGUCACCAUCGCGGAGAAAUUCACGUACCCAGCAUCAGGGGUUAAACAGAGUUGUUUCUGUUUUGGCUUGCUCAGGAGAAUGGGAGCCAGGAUUUGACCACCCGCGCCCCAUUCGCUUUUCUAUUUAUGUCAUACUCUCUCACAGAGUGCAUGGAAGGGCUAGGAUAUUUUGAAUGCUCUGCGUCCGGCGGUUCGCUCUUGAUAGACAUCAUCAUGGUGGUUGGGAAAUUUAGACCAUGAAAUCAGUCUUUUUUAGAACUGUUGUUGAAUCUGUUUCACAAUCUGAAUUCAGUGUGCUGAAUGGGUAAAGUCAUCCCCUCCCCCCAUUUUUUUUUUUCAUUGGAUUCUGCUGCGCUGAGGGAUGUACUUUCUGUAUUCCUUUUACUCUGGCCUCAGUCACCUUGUCUUCAGCUUUCUUGGAAUGCCAUUGAUGGUGUGACUGCUAUCAUAUGAAGGAGACCACAAUCUAUCUUGAGGGUAGGGCCACAGGGGGCUAAUGAAGCUUGAAGGAAGGCUUGUCAAAGAGGUGCAAGAAGGAAGGAUGAAUAUCAUUUGUUUCAAGGCGGGUAGAAUAUGGGAUGAAGCAUGUCAUCCUCCCACUGUGCUCAAGGCGGUGUUAAGAUCCUCACACAGAUUUGUUGCAGCUUGUUGAAGUUCUUUCAUAUUCAGUCAAAGCCUCCAGCCAUAAAACUCCUCAUUGAGGCUGUUCUCAUCUUGGUGAGGAGAGACAGUGGAAGAACAUCGAAACAACUUUACUCCAAAAAAGAAAAAGAAGAUUGUAGUUUCAAUGAUGCCUUGACAAGAAAGAGUAGGGCCCUCUUUUAUAAACUGAUUCCUCCUCUAUUGCAAUGCAGGAAUAAAUGCUCAUCAGCCAGCACUCUCCCCUCCCUAAGCCAAUAAGACCAACCAUUGGAGCUCGGAUGCUGUGUUCUUUGGCCAGCAUAUGUCUCAGUUUGCAUGAUAACUGCUCAUUUGUCCUCGAUUUGUC